AUGCUCUGGGCAACACCUGGGCUGAGCUUUGCCAACACAACCAAGGGAGAAUAUAUUCCUCUCUUAUUCAUUGCAGUAAGCAUGGAGCACCUUCAAAUGAAUGAAAUCUAUGAAGCAACCAUCCGCUGCGAUGAGGCGUUUGAUUACUCAAUAUCCAAGAUUCAGAGCGGCCAACAUGCACUGCAAGAGUUUCAACAACGCCUUUGGGCCUGGGCUACCAAUGCUGGCGCUCUUGCUGAGCCUUGCCUAUCCCUGGAUGCACGCCUGCUCAGUCACGCAAAACUCAGAAACAUGAUUUUGACUCUCUUGGAUCUGAUACAAGACAACCUGCAAGCCGCCGUCGAUUUUGAUAGCAACCUGUCUUCUGAAGGGGCUUCAAGUUCUUCAGCUACUGAAGAAGUUCCAUAUUUUACUCAUUCAAUCGACAUGGAUUCUCAGGUUCAGAGUGUGGAGCAUUUGAAAUACGCAUUCCAGGGGCUUGAGGCUGCCAUUCAACGGCUUGACUUGGUUGCUUCUUUGAUCGACCAUUCAUCUCGGAAAGGACGCCAGAGACGUCUUGAAGCACUGAACCAAAACACAGUCGCAGAUCCUAGUGUGAGUUUCAUUACAGAUGUCAGCCAGUUCGAAUCUCUUUCCAGGGCUAUUAUUAGCCAUCUUUGGCCGGGAAUUAGUGGACAAGUCGUCAUGAAGCUCGCCAGAUCCGUGUUGUAUCGCAAGCAACGUAUUACGUAUAUGAAGUAUCGGAAACAGGCCCGUCAAGAUCCUCAUCUUCACGAGGCCAAAGUACAGACUGAAAGACCCCACAUGUUGAAUGUGCGGUCAGCGGCAGAUGGAUCUCAGCAACAGCUAUAUCCAGACUUGCGCUUAAAGCCUUCGAUGCAGGCAAGGCAAGUACCAAGCGAAUGGUUGCGGCCGACAACAAUGGAUGGCGAGUCCUUUGCCAGAGGUCAAUUGAGCUUAUUUGGGCCCUCUUCUGACUCUAGAAAGACUUACUCAGUCUGGACAAAGGCCAUUGUUUACCCCAAAGCACCAGAGUCCAGUUCCACGUCGGGUUCAGAGACUGUGACUGGACACGCUCCAUGCCCUUUUUGCCACAACCUGUUCCCCUAUCAACGGUAUAAGGACUCAAAGUGGUGGAGAAAUCACGUGGAUCAUGAUUUACAGCCCUAUGUCUGCGUCUCAGACGAAUGUUCACAGCCGGCAAUGACUUUUUCGAAUCACAGUAAUUGGGUUCAACAUAUGAACAGUGGUCACGGUCCUGGUUGGAUUGUAGACCUUCAAGCCAUAUCGUACGAAGGGGCCUCAGAAGGUGUCCAAAAAGGCAAAGAUACACCUUCAUGUCCCAUGUGUCUCUACGAUCCAUCAGAAACGAUUAGAAGCAACGCCGGAGACGAUACCGGACCUCUAGAACUCAAAGGCACAGGAAGGACUCCUCUAAUCCAUUUCAGAAAACACGAACAGACGUUAGGUGGCCAGUCAAUGGAUCCAAAUCGACCUCAUCCCAGAAGGCAUUUGCCAAAAGCAGCUAACACGAACUUGUCUCGUCAUAUCGCCGAACAUCUGAAGAUGCUAUGCUUCCGAAUGCUCAGUAUAGAUACGAACUUGUCUCAGGAGGUAGAUGACUCACUUGAGUCGGGGACAUCUUCGAACGGAAUGAAAGACAGUCAAACCAUUACCCAAAUAACGUUACCCAAUGGUAUGGACAGCGAAAUGGGAAAGAUUUCUCUGAAUUUCGAAGAGACCAACGACGCUAUUCCACCUGAAGUAGCGCUCAAUACUAUUCACCAGAGAGGAGCGAAAAUUUCAAAAUCUAACUCACAAUCCAUCGAUGCUGAGGAGAAAACAGAAAAAGAUGUAUUUGGGAAGACUGAGAACGCCGCUUUGCCACCAUUCGAGGUGGGCAGUGCAAAAUUAGUGUCAGAACAAAACCGAAUGACAAUUGACAUGCUAUCCACGGAAACGCCGCGCAAAAUUGAACCCGCGCCCCUAAAAGAGGCAUUAAUCAUGGCUUGCGAGACUGAUGCGCUUAAUGGUGUUCGCCAAUACCUCCCACGACAUUUUUUGGAGAACAUCAUCACACGGGAAAGCGUUCGGGCAGCAUUUAAAAAAUCGACCAAAGCCCGGAAUUUCUGGUCUUUUUCAACCAAAGGGGUAGUGGACAUCGUUUUAUCAAACAAUGUGAAAAUGUUGUUCGUGAUACUUCUGUAUCUAGACAUUCCUUGGGACAUUGACAGGCUACAUAAAGCCGGUUUCACUGAUCUAGAUAUGCCUUUUACAUGGAAGAGACCUGGUCCAAACGGUGGGGGAUGUCUGAGAUCCGGGCUCAGCUCUGACAAGACCUUUACUCCGCCUAAGCACUGGGGAUACCACUUGGUGGAAAGCUUCGUCAACAGACAAUGGAUGGUGAUGGCACCCGUCUUCGGCAGGUCGGGGGAGUACUUGGAACUUCACCCUCUCUGCCCAUUGCCCCUCAUUAAAGUGGACGCAAUCAUUCACAGUAUGCGGAAUGUGCUCUACAGGGCAGAGAUACAAUCCUCUCAUGUUACAGGACUCAAGGUACAAUCUCCUUCCAUAGUUGUUGCAAUCAAGGAGUUCAGAUACCGAGUGGGCUUUGAUCAAGAACGGUCGAAUCUCAGUGCUCUUCGCAGGGUUUCCGGCUCCAAACACAUCGUGCAGAAUCUUGCAGCAUUCUCGCAAGGGGACAGAGAUUUCAUCAUUUCUCCUUGGGCCGAUGGAGGGAGCCUAGACAACUUCUGGCAAGUCCACGAUGAGGUAGAUAGGGAGUCUAAACUUGCUCUUUGGAGCCUGGAUCAAAUGCUGGGUCUUGUGAGGGCACUCUAUGCCCUCCAUGCAGAGCUUGCAGAUGCCGGUAAUUGCAGGCGCGAUGACCUGAAGCCCGGAAAUAUUCUAUAUUUCACAGUUGGCACAGCAAAAGGUGAUAUGGGUAUCCUGAAGAUCACCGACUUUGGCAUCUCACGUUUCCAUCAAGAGGCAACUUUUGAUAGGCUGAAUAAGCCGACAACCACCGGUGCAACAUCUCCUUCCUACGAAGCCCCUGAAGCUGUAACAUCGAAGGCUGCAAGGUCCCGCAGAUACGACGUUUGGUCAAUUGGAUGCAUAUUUUUGGAGUUCGUCAUAUGGCUUGUACAAGAUUGGGAUGCCGUUCAAAGCUUCGCCAACGCGAGGAAGUCCACCUCGGCGCAUGCAGGUGGCGCAACACCAUCACACUUUUACAAAAUCGACAAUGACUAUGCUGUGGUACAUCCAGAGGUCUUCAAGAUCAUCGAAAACCUGGGACGAAUACCACAAAGUGCUCCCAACACUGCACUUGGGAAGCUUCUGAGGAUUGUCAAGGAAGAUCUCAUCAAGAUCAACCCUGCUGACCGGAUUGAUGCCAAGGGGCUUUGCAAUCAGCUCGAAGUAGUUGUGUCGAGAGCCAAGUCUGAUCCUGUGUAUCUGUGGGACUCUAGGUAUUGA